AGCGAGGAAUCCAGCAGCAAGCCGUUAGGCCCCCGAAAAGUGCGAUUACUGAUCUCUGUGUGGAACGAAUAUUUUCCUAUCAGUAAGAGACACAACUCCUCUGUUUCGGAACGCAUCUCAAAGCAGUUAAAUCAGAUGCUUCCGGAGCAAAAUCUUCGCUGCGUUCGUACUUUACAGCAGUGCAAAGCAAAGAUUAAGAAUUUGGAAGAUGAAUUUAAAAAGAUCAAGGAUCAUAACAACAAAAGCGGAAACGAUCGCAUAACCUUUCCGUACUUCGACGACAUCAAUGAAGUUCUCGGCUGUAAACCAGGUGAUUUCUGA